AUGUUGGAUGCACACCUUUGCAUUAGGCUCCUACUCCUCUGCUUACUGACCCUUGGCUUGCCGUUGUAUGGUGGGGGCGCGAGGCCCCUGGCUGCAUUUGCGGCCCAGGUGCUCCCCCAGGAUGUGGAUUUACUGCGCAGCGUGGAGACGGAGACGGCGGGCGCGGACGCCUCUGCCGGCAGACCGGACCUACAAGAAUUGGUGCCGACAUACCGGUCACAUCCCCCAAGCAUGCUACUGUUGUUGCAGAAAGACGGCAAGAUUUCAUCGUAUGGGCUCGACGAUGGGAAUAAAUUGUGGACUGUGGACACGGGCGGGGACGUGCUGCGUGUAGAGGUUCAACAGCAACCGAGAGAGCGAAUGAUCCGUGAAGAUCCCCUUGCGCUUCCUUUUAUACUGGAGGGGGGACUGCUGUUUACGAGGCGCUGCAUUUCGCCAUUCCACUGUAGAAGGCAGACGUCAGCUGAGUGUUUUGUCAGCCAGGGCAGCGAAGCGGAAACGCGCCCAGACGCAAGGCCCGACGAGGAGGAAGCUGGAAGCAGCGCACAGGGCAGAUGUGAAACUCCCCUUUCAAAGCUGCCCUUUCCUCGCUGUUACAUGAAUCUUUCCACGCUAAUUGAGAAGAAACACGUACAGGUAGGAGAUACAGAUAUAUUCGUGACCACAUCAGCGCAUAUUAUGGAUGUGAAUAGCGAUGACGGUAAACCAGUGCCGGAGACAAAUUUUCUUCUCACUUACCUACAUCUUGUGCGGUACGAUUUUACUGUGCAUGUGCGACGUCCAGGCGAAUACAGUUGGCAGAUGAAUAUAGCUCAGUUUAAACUUUCUGAAAAGUCUCCCUUACACGUCUCUGAUGAAGAUUGGGCCGACGAUGAUCCACUGCUUGUAUCUCGUGCGCUUCAAAGGCUGCUUCGAAGAGGUGACUGUGGCGGCCAAGGCCAUGUGACUUCCACGAAAGAAGGUGACAGAGCAGGUGCAGGACGGCUGGGACCAGCGGCUGUGGAUGAAGGGUUUCGUAAAGAUAUUCUUGCCGAACAGCUGAUGUUCCGAGAGACUGACCAAAAUAACUACGUGCUUUGGAGCAAAUUGAAGCAUGCGGCUCUUUGGUCUUCAGCUGUGAGCCCACUUAGUACUGUCGUGUCUGCGUUUGUUUGGCAAGCAGACACUGGUAGGGUGCAGUCUCUCCCUAUUUACCGUGUUGAGGCAAUCACCAGUAUCACGGAUGCAGUUGAGCCGUUGGAGCGGGAAGGUGCAGACCCGUUCUAUCUUCCAGUUUCUGUCAACAGCGAACCGCGCCGGGAUAAGCAUCCCUUAAACACGCAUCGAUUCCCCACCACCUGGGAGUUUGACAUCGUUGCCGACGAGGCUGAACUUCGUGAGCUUCAAAAUUCAUAUCAGCAGUGCUCUUGGAUUUAUGGGUGCGAUGACUCUGCUGGGAAUGUGCCAAAUAAUUCCCCCAAUGACAGCAAUUCUAAAACCUCGUCGCAGCUGGCGCUUGUACGCUGGCUUCCCUUGUCUCAUGCCGAUACAGGGAAUACACUGCUCCUACUGUUCAAUUUCUUCUGUGGCCUUAUUUCCUGCGUCUCAGCUUUAUUGUCUGUGGGCUUCCGUUGGUACCUGUGGAAUGCUACAGGAGUUGGGCCCGACGCCUUUGUGGAUCGCAUCGGUAACCCUUCCGGGCCAGGCUCGUCGAAGCUCAAACCUCUGCAUCGCAGCUUCACGUUGCAACCCAGUGGGAGACUCAUGGCUGCCACACCUGGGAACUUGACACGGUCCCACACGCCUGAAGCCCCGUUGAGUUCCACUUCCCUGACCUUAUUCCAAGAUCCUGGGAUGCUGCCACCAAGUAAGUCAAGCAUGAUAAGAGCCAAAUCAAUGCAUCAUGUGGAUUCUUGGUGGAAAUACUCGGGAGAUGAUGAUGCUUCACUGAGCGACAGGCCAAGUAGUGCAUCGCCUAUUCCCCAUAAUUCGCAUGUUUCACCGCAACUUUUUGAGCUUCAGUUUCAAACGGCUGAAAAAAUUGGAUCUGGAGCGGAAGGAAGUGUUUUUCGUGUGAAGCAUCAAUUUACUGGGGUUUCAUAUGCGGUCAAGGCGAUUCGAAUACCAGACGACAAUGAAAUUUAUAUACAGGAAGCUAUGCUGCACAGUGGCUUUGAUUCUGUUAAUGUUGUGCGUUUUUUCAAUGCCUGGAUUGAGCGUGUGCCGCAGAAAUUUGCCGAGAAAUUUGGUCUGCUUCGUCGCGAUGACACCACGGACAACCUCUUUGCGGACACCGUGGACACCCUUGACGAUAAGCAGCUGACGGAGCCCACAUCUAGCGACGCGUGUUAUACCGUCUUAUUUAUUCAGACGGAGUGGUUUGGGCGCGGCACUCUGGCUGACCACUUUGUUAGGCGAAAAAGUUUUACUCGUGUAGACAAUCUAACGCACCUUCUCCAAAUUUCAGAGGGACUGCAGUACUUGCACUCACAGUGCGUGGUUCACUGCGAUCUCAAGCCGAGAAAUAUUUUUAUGUCCGACUCUGGGAUUAUGAAAAUUGGGGAUUUUGGUCUUUCGAAAAAAAAUCGUACGCGUUCGUGUAUGCUGUGCGAAGACGCAGGUGGGUUUACGUCUGCCUCGUGUACAAGUGCAGAGGAGCACUCACUUCCUGCGUGUACGCCACUUUACUGCAGUCCUGAGCAGAAACGUGGGGAAGCUGCCACCGCUGCAAGCGAUAUUUACUCACUGGGUUUGAUUGCGCUUGAGUUUUACUGUGAGUUUACCACGCAGCAUGAGCGGUACCUCACACUGGGGGCGGCACGCCAAGGUGUGUUUCCAAAGGAGUUUGUGGAGAGGUACCCCGCGGAGAAGCUGCUCGUUCAGGAGAUGUUGUCGGAAGAUGAGGAUCGGCGUCCAGCGAUGAAGAACAUCGUUAAAUUUCUACGGCAGGAAAUCAACGUUGAGGAGGGGAAGAAUGCGGUGACCACGAGGUCGAUCUCGCUUAGCCCGAUUCGCGGGCACGACUCCCCAAACCCCGGGUCUCCGCUGUACCCAUCAGAUCAUGGCGAACUAGUGACACGGGUCGCCCCCACAUUCACCAGACUCUCUUUGAGCUCGCUGGAAUCUGCGGCCUUUGCUCACUCCAACUGA